AUGUACUUCAGUGGAUCUUUGCAUAGAACUGUUCGUUCAUAUACGGGCACUUUCGGUGUUGGAAGCAUGAAACCGAGCACCGCCAAAAGAAACAAGCACGAGAGAACAGAUCGAUUCCAGAUAUGCCAUUCUGAUAGUAGACUUAGUGACGUUCAAAGCGUUUCAACCUGUGCACGACACCCUCAUGGCAUCUCAUGGUCAGGUCGUCCCCUGGAUGCUGAUGACGUCCCACACGUCCCCCCCACACGUCCACCGGCCUCAAGGCCUCAAGGCUUACCCGAUGGCGGCGAACCUUUUGGAGAAUCAGGCGAGAGGAGAGGCCCCAGGGCUCUUUGCCGUUGGCAAAACCAUGCUUUUCUGGCUGCGUUCAGCACUGGAAAAAGUGCCAUCCUGUCAGCCUGCAGAAUGCAUGCAUGUCAGCCCUUCCCAGUGAAGGUGCUGCCCGGCCGCCUAGAGCAGGAUUCGGCUCCAUGGUCCAGUUUCUUGCCAGACGACCUGCGUCCCAAACAGGUGAGUGCCAAGGUCUUCUAUGAAAGCGCUUCCACAAAGGCCCAGGCAGAAGCAACAACUCGAAGAGGGGACUAUACACCUGUCGGCAUCUCUGUCUUUGGCCGAGUUUGGGAGUAUUCCCAGGAUGCUGCAGGCUGUCGGGAAGUCCAACUUGCAAUUGAGAUGGCAGAUGAAGAGAGUCGCUGGAGAAUAGCUGCAGAACUUCAGGAUCAUGUUUGGGACGCUGCGUGUGGGCCCCACGCCAAUCAUGUGUUGCAGAAAUGCAUUCUCGUCAUGCAUCCCAAUCAUGUACAGUUCAUUGUGGAUGUCCUGGUGCGUCAGCAGCUAGUGUCGCAAGCAGCAAGGCACAAGUACGCUUGCAGGAUUGUGCAGCGCCUGAUCGAGAGAUGUCCAGCAAAACAGACCAGGCAUAUCUUGGAGGCUUUGACCAGAGAUGCGCAGUCGAUUUCCUGCCAUGCCUAUGGAAAUUAUGUGAUCCAACAUGUUCUUCAGCACUGUGUCGACUCAGUGCCCAACUUGUGCCGAGUCCUAGAGGAGCCAUCGUUUUUACUCCUUGCGCGUUGCCAAGGCUCCGACGUAUAUGGUGCGGCAGUUGUGAGUUGCGCAAUGAGCACAGCAAGGAGCCAUCGGUGCUUGUCCGCCUGGCUUGCAGUCGGCAUGGAUACGGUGCAGUUCGAGAUGCCUUACAAGUUCUUGAGGGAAUAG